AUUAUUGUUUAUUUUUGUUUAUUGAGCGGUAGAUACCCCACACUGAAAUGUCUCAGGAAGAGACUGUUCAGACCCCAGUUGAGGGCCAGAGUGUUGAGCAGCUCCCUCACCCUCGUACCAGGGCUCAGCUUGAGCAGAGACGACAACUGUUGUCUGGACGGCUCAACCUUCUGGCCACUGAACUGCACGACGCCGGUGCAGAGGCUGAGUCACAUGUGAGGGCCCAGUUUGAUCUGCGGAAAGCCCAGGCAGACCUGGAUGCAGCUCGGACUGGCACCGACCUAUUGAAGAUACAGGAGUUCAUUAUCCAGUGCCGUAAAGCACUGGAUGCGCACAUCUGUCAGCAGUUCGAAGACAUAGCAAAUGGCAGAAAUGCCAAAACUGAUGUGGUGGUCACGGAACAGACAAUUGAUGAGAACAUCCGCCAAUUGAAAGAAGCUCUUGAAAAAGAGAAAACGCGCAAGGCGGAAAUGCUAAAGAGGAAAGAACAAGAUGAGCAGCAAGCAAAACGAGAACAAGAAGUCAGACAGCAUGUGGCAACUGUGUCACGGGAAGAACAGGUUGUGGCACUGAACCAACUGGUUGAGUACCUCGCUCACUUGGAGACAAGGCUCGACCAUUUUGAAGCAAAGUUGGAAGAAUUGACCGUAGGAUUGAAGAAUGUAACUAACUUGGUCAAAGGAAAGGAAAAAGAGGUUCGAAAGGAACAACCUGUGAAGAAACUAAUGGGUGACGCUAUGAAAGAUCUCAAGGUCGAAGUAAAGAAGGGGGAACCAUCUGGGCCUCCUCCACCGACGCCACCACCAUCAAGUCCUCACCCAUCAGGGGGAAAGAAGGACAAAGAAGAGAAACCUGAGAAGUCGAAGAAGAAAGAAAAAGUAAAGAUGAAAUUGCCUUUCACAUUCAGUAAUAAGAAGGAUGAAAACUUAUUACUGUGGAUUGCAGAAAUACAGACCUACGUCGGGACGACCACAGUGGAAGAAGAGUCACAGGUCGCCUUCUCCACGUCAUGUCUUCGAGGGGAGGCCAAAGAGUGGGUCCUGGCCGAAGCCAACGCGGCAGGAUUCGAUGACAUCGGUAAGUGGGCCGGUACGAUGACCCUGAAACAGUUCCUGGACAAGAUCCGGGAACGUUUCCUUGACAAGACAACGACCGAUAAGGCCUUCGAUCAGCUCACUACCUUAGGUCAGAAACAUUAGACGUUUGUGGAGGCGUUGUCCUGUGAGGUCGAUCGAUUGCUGCAAGUACCGGGCUUAAAUCUACAGGAUGAUCAGGUCCUGUAUAUUUCUGCCCGGGCCUUACCUGAACCUAUAAGAGGACUAAGACUGGAAAGAAGAUUGUGCACGAAAUCUCCUUCCCAAUUGAGAAGAACUUGCCUUUUGAUAUGUUUCUGGGAAUGGAUUGGCACGAGGAAGCCAACCCAGAAAUCAAGUUCAAGGAAAAGGAAGUACACCUGAAAAACGCACAAUCAAAACUCGAGACCAUC